CUACGCCGCUUUUCGGCCACUCCAAAAAUUGCCACAUUUUCUUUCUUUUCAUUUCUCUUACCAAACUCAAAUUAGUUCCUGUCCUAAUUCCCAUUUCGUCUCUUUCAUUCCGACGUUUCUUUUCUACUCUUUAGAUCUAUUAAUCCAUGGCUUCACUUUAUUACUACUGUUAGUUGUCUCUGUGACUCUGUGUGAUACUUUUGGGGAGGAAAAAAGUUUGUGUGUUUUAAUCACUUCGAUUGAUUUUAAGAUAUGGCAACUUUGAACCCUUUUGAUCUGUUGGGUAACGACGCUGAGGAUCCAAGCCAGCUCGCCGUCUCCAUCGCUCCACCGGAGAAAACUGAUAAGUCCAAGAAGUCUGGUCCCAUUUCAGCUGCUGGGAAGCUUCCGUCGAAGCCACUUCCUCCUGCUCAAGCUGUGAAAGAGGCUAGGAGUGAAGCUCCACGUGGUGGUGGUAGAGGCAGCGGAGGGUUUAGCCGUGGUCGUGGAGGUCCUGGUGGUUACAACCGUGAUUUUGGACGUGGUGAUGGUCCCGGAGGUAACAAUGGAUACUCAGGGGGAUACAGUAAGCCCUCAGAGGAAGGAGACGUGUCAAAGUCUUCUUAUGAGAGGCGUGGUGGUGGUGGAGGUGCUCCUCGUGGUUCUUUCCGUGGUGGUCGACGUGAAGAUGGUGAAGGCGAACGUCCUCGAAGGACGCACGAGCGUCGCAGUGGAACUGGCAGGGGGGGUGACUUCAAACGUGAAGGAUCUGGUCGUGGAAAUUGGGGAACACCAGGAGAAGAAGUCUUUGCUGGUGAGACUGAGGAAGUAGCUGGUGCUGAGACUGAAAAGAAUGCUGUGGAGAAGCCUGCUGGUGAUGAUGUAGCUGCUGAUGCUAACAAGGAGAACACUGCUGAAGCUGAGGAGGAGAAAGAGCCUGAGAACAAGGAAAUGACUCUGGAUGAGUAUGAGAAAAUCCUUGAGGAGAAGAAAAAGGCCCUUCAAUCUCAGACCACCUCCGAGAGGAAAGUUGAUACUAAAGUGUUUGAAUCAAUGCAACAACUCUCAAACAAGAAGUCUAACGAUGAAAUCUUCAUCAAGUUGGGUUCUGACAAGGACAAACGCAAAGAUGACAAAGAAGAGAAGGCCAAAAAGGCUGUGAGCAUCAAUGAGUUUCUGAAGCCAGCUGAGGGUGAGAACUACUACCGAGGAGGAGGUCGUGGUGGCCGUGAACGUGGUGGUCGUGGUCGUGGCCGUGGAGGUGCUUCUAGCGGCGGAUUUGGUGGCCACCGUAGUGAAGCUGCGCCUGUCAUUGGAGAUACUGCUCAGUUCCCAUCUCUUGGGGGCAAGUAAGAUCCAUCCAAUGAAAACAUCGAAACUCGUUCCAGUUUUCCUCCGCUGCUGAAAUCGAGUCUGAAUGAUUUACUGUUUACCGGUCUUUUGUUGUCAGGUGUAAAUUUUUAGUUGUCGUCAGUUUCUUAGAUUUUAUGCAAGCUUAUGCCUGACCGGUUUUUUUUUUUACUUUUGAAACAACAAUACACUCUUUUUUUCCUUUGUUUACCUACCAUUUAGUCUUUAGUCGUUUGUUGUUUUCUUAUUUAUGAUACUUGUUUCAGACAGACAAUUCUAAUGUUAUCAUCGGUUUCGAGUCUUCA